AGCUUCCGAGACAAUCCCCUUGUCAAACUGCGUCUUUUCGAUUCGCUAUCCAACAACAACAAUCAUUGUCACAGUUGUAUGUACAAUUCUCUAAGCUAUCGCUGCGCCGUCAGUACUAGCAGCUCAAGCAUUUCUCACACACAUCUUUUUUUCAGGUCUCCUGUAGCCUUCUGCCGAACCCUGCUGAGGAGAGGACGCCGCCGAGAUGUACAAGCUCACUUCCAUGGCCGCAGCAAGUUUGCUGCUGGCUGCUGUCCACGCCAUGCCAAACCCAAAUCCUCAUCAGCCGAGGGCUGCAGACGCCGCUGACGCUACGGAUGCCGCCCUGGAGCCCUGGGUCACUGUCAACGAUGACGGUACACCCUCGACCGUCACUCCCGUCCUAAGCACCAUCUCAGGUACACCGACCGUCAUAUCCGGCGCUCCCCACGAUGUCACGGCUACCGUCUUCACCUACACAAGCUAUGGCAAGGUCAUUACUAGCACCGGUGCCGCCCCUGGCCCUACUGCCGCCGCCAAUUCCAACAGCACUGGUGUCUUCGGAGUCUGUAAUAAUAAGGACGGCGAAUUCGCUCCUUGGUGUCGCCCAGAGGUCAACUCGACCCUUUACGUGGACACUACCUACUACUUUACGUGGGAUCCUACCUACUUUUCCGCCCCCAACGCGACCCUACAAAUCAUCGGCAACCAUAUCAACAAGACCACCGGCGAAGUCGAGACCGAAUCGCCUGCCUUCACUUCAGCCUACACUAUGGCCCGCUUCGGAUACCUGACAAUCCCCAUCAAGAGCGAACACCUCCGGGGCCAAGGCUCCCAGAAUAUCAGCCUCAGCUUGAUUGGGGUAGUCAAAGGCGAGAGAGUUGAAAGGUCUGGUCCUCAGAUCAAGGUCACAACCCGCCCCGGGCCGGUCGCGGAUGCACAUCACAAGGCACCAGUGGGUGCCGCCGUGUACAUCGCCAUCCCUACGAUCUUCGGCUUCAUUAUUGCCUGUGUCAUCGGCACAUGUAUAUACAAUCGCCAUCAUCGCCGCAUCGAACUCAAGAGCGCCAUGGGCCGUAACUACAACGUCACCAAGAAGGGUAGGGGUGUUCGCUCACGUCUUGGCCUCGGCGGACGAAACAAGAAGGCCAAGGCAAAUGAGCGUAUCCAGCUGAUGGAGCGUGAGAUCCACGCCGAGGGCGGCGAGGUCUACCGCGACCUUCCCGACCCCGCUGACCGACCCAGGCGCGACAGUGAUGCCUUGGGCAGUCUGGCCAGUACCCCGACUGAAGACCGACGCAUGGAUUUCGGCGCGGGGGAGGGACGUAACAACCAGACCACUGGAAACGCAUUCCGUGAUGAGUUGAGGAGACAAGACAACGAGAGGCCCUAAGACGAAAAUCUGGGAUCUUCUCUCCAUUGUAUAUUUAUUAUGUAACUGGAUUUAUAAUACGUGAGAUGCAAAGGUUGACGAUAGAAUCAUCUUUGGGACCAGGACCGUACAUGUAAUCUACAACGGUAUAUACUGCAUAGAACGGGGAAAUGGCAACUUGAGAUAACUUGUACAUAGAAAGAAAGCAAAUAGUUGCUUGUAUAUUUCAAAUUUACUGACUACUGUAAGGUCGUACCGUUUGACCUGUGAGUUUUCAAGUAUGUCUGGUCGUCUACGUGUGGUUUGUAACGUGUAUAUAUAUUCGGGACAACGAGAAGGAAAUGAACGUCGCAAACUAUCCGGCAUCGAAGGAAAUCUAUACUAUCAUACAGCGGCGAGCUCAUACGAACAGGGCCC